UUUCAAUGCUAUAGAUUAUCAUAAGAACUUUAAUUCACUCUCGCAAUUUUCAUGAUUAUGGCUUCGUGUUCAAAGGUGGUAUUUGUGCUUGCUCAUCUUGUAUUAUUCGACGAUGUUUUGAUGACAAAAGAUGUGCACCAUGUUUGCAUAUUCAAACAUGCCAAUUGUACAUGUGGAAAUCUGCAUCACCAAAUGUUAGUUGAUUGCUCACAUAGAGAUCUUCAGCAUGUUCCAGAAUUUUAUGCAAAUGUGUCCUGGAUCGAUUUAAGUAAUAAUGAUAUUGAAAAUAUAGAAGGUGGUUUUCCUAAGAACUCACAUCACAUCGACCUAUCACGAAAUAAGAUACGGACACUUUAUAACAUGCCUUUCCGUGGAUUGCGAAAAUUGAGGACAUUGAGCUUGGAAGGAAAUAGAAUACAUUUGACAUUGUUCUACAAUGAAUUGUUUGAGGAUCUGUAUUCUUUAAGAACAUUGAAUCUAAAAGGAAAUUCUCCUCCUAAAGAAGGGGUGAUAAUCAGAGAUAGGGUGUUUUCAGAACUGCAGUCACUGUAGAUUUUACAGAUGGAUGGACCAAGUAAUAUUACGUUCGGAAAAGCUUUUGGGAGUUUAAGAAAACUACAGGCGUUGGAUUUGUCUGGAAUCACAGGGAAUUGUUCAUUCAAAAGGAUUUAUCAAGGUAUGUUUACCAACAUCCCUGGGCUGAAAUAUCUUGACGUUUCAGCAUGCAAUGUCAAAGACAUUGAUGAAGGUGCAUUUGGAAACCUCCCUUUUCUUGAAAAACUAGAUGUUUCUCACAACAAACAACUAGGUUUUGCUUCACUUCCGAAUAUUACACAUAAUCUGAACAAAAGCGCAAUUAAAAUACUACAUAUAAACGGCAUCAAUUGUUGGACUGGAACAGGUACUAAAAUCCUCAGACAUCAUCUAAUGAAUAUUAAGAAUACCAGUCUUACCGAGAUCUAUAUUGAGAAGAACAGACUUGAACAAUUCGAGCCAGGGGCACUCCUAAAUUUGCCUAAAAUUUUAACAAAGCUUUCGCUUGGAGAAAACAAACUGACUCAAGGAAUGUAUAUCAUAGAUUAUUUUUUUCUUGAAAGGCUUCGAAUUUUGAAUAUAAGUGUUCAAUUACGACCUGCUCCAGGUCCAUAUCCAAAGUCAAUAUUUGAAGAUUGUGAAGAGAAAACUGAUGCAUGCGGCGUAGGAUCACGUUUACAUUCAGUCGUGGAAGAAGACGAUGAAAGAACGAAAGAUAAAACUGUAAUUAAAGAUAGAAUGAUUCAUAAUUUAAAGUUCCCUAACGAUACUCUAAUAACAAUUUAUGUCCCAAGAUCUCUUGAAAUAUUCUAUGCAAACGUCAGUAGGCUUUACACACCAAUACCAGAGUUCGGAAUAAACUCGACUAACUUACGUGAGAUUUAUGGACAAAGCAAUUUCUUCUACUCGUGGAUUGGACCUAUUCAUGGCAUGCAACAUAUAUCUGUGCUUGAUUUGUCCGACAAUCUGUGUUCAUACAUCUCAGAGACAUUUCUGAAAUAUGCCACUGGGUUAAAAGUCCUGAAUUUAUCUAAUAAUGAUAUUGGUCAAAGCUUAUCUAAAGACGAAGAAGGAAAGAUAUUUGAAAAUGUCAUUUCAGUAGAAAAUAUUGAUUUGUCACGUGAUAAUAUCGUAUCGUUACCUAGUCUUAUGUUCAAGAAUAUGCGGAGGUUACAAAUAAUAAAUCUAACAAAUAACCUGCUAUCUGCAUGGAAUGUAAAAAUUGACCAUAUGAGAAAUAUCACAUUCAUAAGCCUUGCACAAAACAGACUUACUACAAUUGAAAUAGAAAUUCGUUUAACACUUCUAGACUCAUUCCAAAAUUCCAACCUCACUAUGGAUCUUUCUGGGAACAAGUUUUUAUGUUCGUGUGAAAAUAUAGACUUUUUGUCAUGGAUCACGCAAUAUAGAAGGAAUUUUAAAAAAUUUCAGUCAUACAAAUGUUCUUCUGCAAGCCCAAAUGCAUUUGCAUUUUCAAAUGCAGAAAGUUCAUUGUUAUAUUUGAGGGAAACUUGCAAGUCUUAUCUUGAUGUGUGCAUCGUCACUUCCGUCAGUAUUGCCUUCGUGUCUAGUACACUUAUCGGUGUAGUACUGCUGAAGAAUAAAUGGAAGAUCCGAUAUUUCAUUUUUAAGGUAAAACAACGUUUUAGAAAAGUCAGAGGAUACUCGAAUGAGUUUCAUUCAUCAUCACUCUACUACAAAUAUCAUGCAAUGUUUUCUUACUCUAGAAGUGAGUUGACUUUCAUUCUUCAGGAAUUUAUACCUCGAAUAGAAGAUGACUCUAACAUUAAAAUGUACAUUCGUGACCGUGACGAGCCUGCAGGAGUAGAAAAAGGGCAAGCAAUAAUGGAUGCUAUUCAGGACAGCAGACGAGUGAUAUGCUUGAUAUCCAAAAAGUAUCUCAAAUCAAAGUGGCGAGGAUAUGAAUUAAAUAUGGCGAGAAUGGAAGCCAUAGAAACUAGAGAGAAUAUGAAGUUUGUACAUUUAGUCCUUUUCCCCGAGGUUUACAACGGCCAUCUUCCAAAAUAUCUCCUGGACUUGGUCAGAGAUAAAAGUGUCACUGAAUUCCCUGAUGAAGAAUGCGCAUACGAUGACUUUUGGGAAACCUUAAAAUCACUUAUUUUAAAAGAAUUGCAAUCUGAAUAUUGAUUGUAAGAUGAAAAGGUGAAAAUAACGAACAGCGAGCGAUCAGUUUGUGAGAAUGGUUAACAGGGAAUACUUUCUCUUCCUAAACACCUGAUCCCACAUCUGAUGUUUCCGGGGUGUUCGAAUUCUCCCUACUCUCAAUUUUAUGUUCUCUAUUAAAUAUAUGAGAUUGAUCAAGAUGUAUUAUUUUCACCUUUUUCUUAAUAAAUGUUCUCAUUGA